CCUGUGGUGGCCUGUGGUUAAAGCUCCCAAAAACAUAACCUGGAAACUAAAUAAAACGACAGAUUGAUAAAAGAAAGAUCGUUCUGUUAUUUGUGGAAAGGAAAACGCGAGUUCGAGGGCUGGUGCUUGAGUUGAUAGCGAGUUUAGGGAGAUCUAGUUACUGAAAAUGUUCAAAAAAUUCGAUGAGAAGGACAGUGUCUCGGGGGUGCAGCAGCUCAAGUCUUCCAUUCAGAAGGGGAUUAGGUCGAAAUUGCUGGAGUUGUAUCCCCACCUGGAGAGCCAUAUUGAUCAGAUUAUUCCAAAGAAGGACGCUUUUCGUCUUGUGAAAUGUCACGAUCAUAUUGAGAUUAUGGUAAAUGCAGCUGGAGAACUGCUGUUUUUCAGACAACGAGAGGGAUCCUGGAUGCCAACCCUGCGAUUGCUGCACAAAUAUCCAUUUUUUUUACCAGUAGAACAGGUCGAUAAAGGUGCCAUAAGAUUCGUCCUCAGUGGAGCCAACAUAAUGUGUCCAGGAUUGACAUCAAAAGGAGCCAAGAUGACUCCCGUCACCAAGGGAACAGUUGUCGCUGUGAUGGCUGAGGGAAAGCAGCACGCACUGGCUGUUGGUGUCGCAGCAUUGUCAACAGACGACAUAGCUAAAGUAAACAAAGGAGUAGGUAUUGAAAAUUGUCAUUAUCUCAACGACGGUCUGUGGCAAAUGAAAGCUGUAAAGUAAGAUUAAUAAAGGCCUACAAAACAUUCUUAUUGUAAUUAUAAAACUGUUUGUUUUUUAUUUUCUUGUUCAUCAGC